AUGACAUCGAAUUUGUGGAUCAAUCGUCAUCCAAUCAACAACGAAUUCGUGGUAAAAUCACAAAUCACUGGAAAUGAUGUUGCAGAUAAAGGAAUUCACGUAGCUGUGAAAGGCGCCCUUAUAGGAUGUGCAUUGCUAGUUGGUUCACUUAUAUCAUAUUUAUGUUGUCGUAAUAGGAGAAAAAAACAAAGUGACACUCCUUCAGCAAAUAAUAAUAAUAAUGGUGUCGAUACAGAA